GUGCAUACCCUAUUUACAUUCAUACCUUGCUGGCAUAAGUCAGGAAUCUUCCCCGCCAAAUUGAAUUCAGUUGAAUUCGAACCUUCAAGUUUUCCGCUUUUCCGCGUUUCCAUCCGGAGGCAUGUUGUGUUUUUCCGUGGUUUUCCGUGUCCAAGUCGCGCGCGCUUUUUGACGUAAAGUGCUUGAGAAAUUCCGGAUUCGCGCCGCGACGCGAGGGAAUGAAUGGAGUGAUAAGAGAAACAAAUAUUGAAAUCAAAUAUUUAGAGCAAGUAAAGAAAGAAGGGAAAAUAAAUUGAAAUUAAGGGAAAUAUUUGUUGCGCGAAAAUGAUGGAAGAGUGCUAAGUGUUUAUUUCCCAAAUAAAUAUUGCCCCUCCGGUUUAUAACGGCGAUUGUGUGCGAGUGUCGCGAGUGUCAAUAUGUGCGAGAUCUGAAGAUAAGAUAAAGGAAGAGUAAAAGAGAAAAGGAAUAACGAAGGGAGAAAGAAUUAACUCCAGAAAGUAAUUGCAACCCCGAAAAUCCCAAAAUGUGGCCACAGAUCCUCCUUUUAGUACUCCCCACACUCAUCCAAGGCGUCCAGCGGUACGAUCAGACGCCCCUGGACGCCAGUCCCUACUACCGCAGUGGCGGUGGCCUGAUGGGGCCUGAUCUGAGCGGCACCUCAGCCACCUCCUUGGACGGUUUCCCGCACCACAACCGCUGCGAGGCGAUCACCAUUUCGAUUUGCAAGAAUAUACCCUACAACAUGACCAUUAUGCCCAAUCUGAUCGGACACACCAAGCAGGAGGAGGCCGGCCUGGAGGUGCACCAGUUCGCGCCGCUCGUCAAAAUCGGCUGCAGCGACGACCUGCAGCUCUUCCUUUGCUCCCUGUACGUGCCCGUCUGCACCAUCCUGGAGCGCCCCAUCCCGCCCUGCCGCUCCCUGUGCGAGUCCGCGCGCGUCUGCGAGAAGCUGAUGAAGACCUACAACUUCAACUGGCCCGAGAACCUCGAGUGUUCCAAGUUCCCCGUCCACGGGGGCGAGGACUUGUGCGUCGCUGAGAACACCACCUCCUCCACCCCGGCGCCCGCCAGGAGCGCCCCCAAGGUGACCACCAGGAAGCACCAGUUGGGAGUCGAGAUUCCCCAUCGCAAUAUUGGAUUCGUGUGCCCAGUUCAGCUGAAGACGCCGCUGGGCAUGGGCUACGAACUAAAAGUUGGUGGAAAGGAUCUCCACGACUGCGGAGCCCCAUGCCACGCCAUGUUCUUUCCAGAGCGAGAGCGGACAGUUCUCCGCUACUGGGUGGGAUCCUGGGCGGCGGUUUGCGUAGCGAGCUGUCUCUUCACAGUGCUCACCUUCCUGAUCGACUCGUCGCGCUUUCGCUACCCCGAGCGGGCCAUCGUCUUCCUUGCCGUCUGCUAUCUUGUCGUCGGCUGCGCCUACGUGGCCGGCCUGGGAGCAGGCGACUCCGUGUCGUGCCGCGAGCCAUUUCCUCCGCCAGUGAAGCUCGGCCGUCUGCAGAUGAUGUCCACCAUAACACAGGGCCAUCGUCAGACAACCGCCUGCACCGUAUUAUUCAUGGCAUUGUAUUUCUGUUGCAUGGCCGCCUUCGCGUGGUGGUCGUGUCUCGCGUUCGCCUGGUUCCUGGCCGCCGGCCUCAAAUGGGGCCACGAGGCAAUUGAAAAUAAAUCGCAUUUGUUCCAUUUGGUUGCCUGGGCGGUGCCCGCACUGCAGACCAUCUCCGUCCUGGCCCUGGCUAAAGUUGAAGGCGACAUUCUCUCGGGCGUUUGCUUUGUCGGACAGCUGGACACCCACUCGCUUGGCGCCUUCCUCAUCCUACCCCUGUGCAUAUACCUUUCGAUCGGGGCGCUCUUUCUCUUGGCCGGCUUCAUUUCGCUAUUCCGCAUUCGGACCGUGAUGAAGACGGACGGCAAGCGAACGGACAAGCUGGAGCGGCUGAUGCUGAGGAUAGGCUUCUUUUCGGGGCUCUUCAUACUGCCCGCCGUGGGCCUGUUGGGUUGCCUGUUCUACGAGUACUACAACUUUGACGAGUGGAUGAUACAGUGGCAUCGUGACAUAUGCAAGCCCUUCUCCAUACCCUGUCCGUCAGCUAGGGCGCCGGGCACGCCCGAAGCCCGGCCCAUUUUCCAGAUCUUCAUGGUGAAGUAUCUGUGCUCGAUGCUCGUCGGAGUCACCUCCAGCGUAUGGCUGUACUCCAGCAAGACCAUGGUAAGCUGGCGCAACUUCGUUGAGCGGCUGCAGGGCAAGGAGCCGCGGACGCGGGCCCAGGCGUAUGUCUAGUAUGAGACGGGCGCAGCGGGCACCGGAGCUGGACCCAAUGGCACGGCUGCGGCGGAUCCCGAGGCGGCUAACGAAAGUUACUUAGUGUUUAGCACAUAGAUCCCCCAUCAAGCAGACUCAGACCCAAAAUGUAACCACAAAUGCAGUCGUAGUUCGUAGUACUCGUAGCUUGUAUAAAAUUCAUCUCCCCCCCUCACACUGAUCAUGGAAAACAAAAGUUGACCCCAGCGCCUAGGCUAUUGUUUGAAUUGUCUUAGUUGAUACGAAAGCAAGCUUGUUGAACCAAAAUUAUUCAUUAAGUUGAGACUCUAGCUCUAAGUCUAGUUAGGAUUUCCUCGCUUUCAUUGCCGUAUACGAGUUUUGAUUCUGAUCUUUCAUCGUUGGGCGCAUUAGGGAUUAAGUUCGGUUUUUUAUUUGUGAAAGCUUUAAAUGUACCCUAUCAUUAAAGAGCAUAUGUAUAUGUAUACAUGGAUAUAUUUAGGAUAUAAGCUGUGACGAUAUUGAUAUAAAUGUUAGAAUUUAGAGAUAAGAGAUGUGAGCAACUCGGAGUAGUCAAAGGACGCUUACUCUCCAUAGGGACACAAACCACAGGCCACAAACCACACCCAAAACGACUACUUGAUGUCGACUGCUCACAUCGCUGGAAAUGUUUCUUUUAUGUAUAAAGGGAAACCAUGCGCAGUUUGAAUGUAUUAUGUAGUAGCAAUAAAUGUCCUCCAUGUGCUAAACCUAAUGCAAAUACGAUUAUUAUAAUGAUACAUUAACUCUCUAACUGGAACGUAACCCUACUGUAACUGUAACUUUAACUGUAGUUGUAUAUAUGUAUGUUGAGCUAAUUAAUUCUAAAUGCGUACCAGAAUAUGUACUUUUAAAUUCAUUUUUUGAAAUGACGUUGUAGUCAUAGCACUUAAGUGAACAAACAACGCGGAAACACGCAAAAAUGUGUUGCCACUAUGGACAUUUUUACUCCUCUCCACCAAACCCCACCACAGGACGCACCCUAAACUAAAUAAGAAUUGACACUGCCAUUUAAAUAUUUUAGACAGAGUGGCAGCCAAUGCAGAAGCAACAGCCAGCUCUGGCAUCGGCCAGACCGUUGAUUCGCAUUUUGUUUUAGCGCAUUUGUAUUGAAUGGAAUUUGACUGGCUAUAUUACGAGCAUAGGAGUCGAAGGCUUGUGUAGCACCCAAGCUGGCUGAUGGAAGCGCAUUUUAAUUAUAGCCAUUAUCGAUAGUCGGUGUAACAUAGCAAACGAACAAUUAUAAGUGUAUAAAUAUAGCAUACAGAAUCCCUGGAAGCAUCAUAGAAAACAAACGCCAACAAAAAAUGCUAAAAUAAAACUUUAUUUUAUUGUUAAAGACUGAAAAA